AUGGCAGCGGACAAGAAGAAGAUCGAUGCACUGAUGAAAACAGACCUCUAUGGUCUCUUCGAUUUGACGAGCGAGGCUUCAGAGAAAGAGAUAAAGUCAGCCUACCGGAAGAAAGCGCUGAAGUGCCAUCCUGACAAAAAUCCCGAUGACCCGAAAGCCGCAGAGCUAUUUCAUAACUUGACUGACGCGCUGGGAGUCUUGACGGACGCCGUAACUCGGGGAGUCUACGAUAAGUUGCUGAAAGCAAAGGAAAGUGCCGCUAUCAGACACCGAGAACUCGAUAUCAAGCGGCGCAAGCUCAUAGAUGAUCUGGAGGCUCGAGAACGCCGGGCAGCCGAGGAGAGACAGGUGGUCAAUCGAGAGAGACAGCUUCAACAAGAAAUAGAAAGACUCAGGAAAGAGGGUUCGAGGAUCGUCGAGGAGGAGUCCCGACUCCUCAGAGAGCGACUCGCGAGGACAAUAUCUCAGGUUCGCCAGGAGAACCAUCAAGAGACCAGCCAAGCAUCGAACUCGAUUAAAAUCCGAUGGAAACGUCAACUGGGAACCUAUAAGCGGGAAGACUUGGAACGGAUCCUUGGCAAGUAUGGCCGCAUUAUGGCAUUAGUGGUUUCCGACAAGAAACCGACCGCCCAGGUUAUAUUCGAAAACAUCAAAGCCGCUGAAGCGGCUGUCGAGAAGGAGAGUGGUCUUCCGGAAAAUCCCCUCACAUUGAGUUGGUACAAGCGAUCGGAUCAGUCCGUUGCCGAGCGACCUGGAACGUCGAGUGUAACCAGUGACAGAACGGGCAACUACAAGCCAUCUUUCCAAUUCCCGUCAAAAGCAAGUCAGCCGACCGUCCAGGACGAUCUUGAUUUCGAGCAAAUGGUUUUCGCCAAGAUGAGAGCGAAAGCAAAGGAACAGAGGGAGGAAGCUGCAAUCGCUCAGGAGAGAGAAGACUCGGCGGCUCCUGAAGAGACGACCUGAGUCCCUCCGUCGUCGCGACCUAAGAGGCUCCGGACCGUGUUCCUCUCGGUACUCGUCGCCUGGGAUGGUAGAUGGGGCUCGUAAAAUAAUGUAUGUAAGACGUGUAAAUAAUGUAAAUAAAUUGUGCCCAGACACGACACGAGACGUUCUUGAAUCUGUGGUUCAACUGACCAAUUCAUUCUUCUCAGUUAUGUAUGC